AUGCAGAAUCCUAAAGAGACUCUCAAGAACUGUGGAAAAAAACCCGGACUCGAAGUGUUCGUCGUGAAAAUAAUAAAACCACCCAAAAAGUCGGGUUUGUUUUCGGCUCCUCCGCCUACUGAAGUGAUAGAAUACAAAGUGUUCCCCGUGGCGCCGAGAUAUCAUGGAAUUUUUUACUCUGAAGAUUUAUACGUUGUAGUGAAGACACACGCAGAUUCCAAGAAAGACAUUCAUUUCUGGUUUGGACAAGUUUACAAAGAGACCCCUCCAUCAUGGGUGGACAACAUCGACGAGCUGGAACUGGAUUGGGCAGUCAAUCAGCACUUCGAGUUUCAAGGUCACGAGUGCAAAUUGUUCGAGAGCUACUUUCAGAACAGCCAACCUAUAAUCAGAUACAAAAGAGGCAGGCAUCCUGAACCCAAUACAGAUAAAGAACGCGGUGCAACGCGCUUCUAUAAAUUACUGAAACUAGACUCUGGGAGUUACAGAGUGCUAGAAAUUCCAUUCAACAUAGCUCUCAUGACUAAAGAAGAAUGCUUCAUCCUCGAUACAGAUUACAACACGCGUGCCUAUGUCAGUGACAGAACACCCAUCCAUGAGAGGGAUAAGAGCGUCCUCGUAGCCAACCACAUGAGGGAAUUGGAACACGAAGGGAACGGAGAGGUAGAGGUUGUAGACCUGACGACGUUCAAGAACGAGUCAGAUAAAGAAGCUUAUAUCAUAGCGACGAACAUACACGACAUAAAAGACGACCCCACCCCAGUGAUAGAUUACGACCAACCAGACGAUAAUCCGGAAGAAGCGCAACUAAGCAUGUUGUCGUCGCUCUACAGUGAAGAUUCAGAAUACAGCUAUCCUCCUCGAUUUAGGUAUAUUCCGAGGCGUAAAAAAUCAGUUGUAGAGGAUAAAAAUAAGGAAAAAGAUAAACAGGCGAGCGCAUUCACUCGCUUGAGGAAAUCAGUUGUGAGCAGGAUUCGAAGACUAUUUGGAUACGAAAAGAAAAAGGAAUUGGAGGUCGAACCACCUACUCUGGAAGAGAAAUUCGCCAUAUCUCCGGUAGUGAAGCCAUUUAAGAAGGAAGAGUUAAAUUCGAAGAAGUGUUACAUGAUACAAGGAGCGACAGGAAAGGGGAUAAUCCUUUGGAUAGGGAAAGCUUCUGAGCCUAUAGUUAAAGAAGAAGUAACUCAGUGUGUUUGUAAUGAAAUACGUAAGGAUGAGCCUUUGAACGAAGAGUACAUUAAUAGAGACUUUACUUUAGAAGUAGCGACUGAAGCAUAUGAGAAGAAGAUCGAUGAUAAAACUAAAGAUGGUAAUGACAAUACGGCUCGGUGGACGCACAUUUACAAAAUAUCAGAGGGCAACGAACCUCUAAAAUUCAAAAGAUAUUUUCAAGACUGGAAUUAA